ACUACUAUUCCCCUAUUCAAAAUAAAAAUGUCGUUUCCAAGGGUGCUCCCCCAUCACGCUUGCGCCCAUGCAAAUUCCUGUAGCCGGCAAAAAUUGAUUUCGUGUAUUGGGAGUACUGCAAUGCAUCAUCUACAUAUAAACCCUCACACAAUCAGAAUCUCUCAUCUAGCAUAUUGCUCAACCAUUCCAAAACAUGUUGCAAAACUCCCAUUCACCUUAAUCGUGAAAAAAAAAUUUCAAUUUCCCGGUAGAAUGUCUCGCAAAACAGAUUUCGUAUGCGAUAUAGAUGAUUCCAAAGAAAUCUGGCGUCUUGCUGUUCGUAACAAUGACCUGUGGAGCGUCGUCAAUAGCAAAGGGUUUAUGUUAGGAAGCAAGAUGCAGAGCAAUGGAUGGAAGAUUACUGUUAAUGAAUCUAAGCUAGAGAUUCAUCUUUUGUGAACAUCUGCGCUGGAUCUGUGUUGGGGCAAUGCAUUUCCGGCGGCGACUUUUCAUGAUGUGUUAUAUCAAUUUCCAUGUGGGUAUUGAAUAAAACUUUAUUUCUUAUUGGGAUUUAAGGGUUUUUUCAUGUUAUUUGAUUCAUGUUUUAUCUUUAUUUUAAAAGAUUUCUUAUAUUUUAAUGUAGCGUUUUCUGAUUUUUAUAUAGUUCAACUUUUGUUGGUAGUGUUGGGUUGCAUUAAUUGGUAUAUGGUGCAUUAAACUGAAUAUAUUUGUUCUUUCCAGGAAUAUUUCAUACAAAUUGAUG